AGGAAAAGAUGCUGAAAUUUUGGUAUUUUUUCCUCGUGUUAUGUUUGCUCAUCCAGCAGCUUGAUGCUAACUCUGGGAUCAAAGUCAGGAUCACACAGAAAGGGCUGGACUAUGGCAAGAAGAUCGGGCUGGAGAUCCUGAAGCAAAGAAUGAAAGAAGAAAGCUUCCCAGAUUGGAGUGGCCGGGAGAAAUCUGGAGUUGGUGAUGUGGACUACACAAUUUCAGGGGUAAGAAUUAACACCAUUGAAUUCCCAGAUGCUUCCGUAUCCCUCAUACCUGGGAUUGGGAUUAAACUAUCAACUCAACAUGCUUACGCAACCGUCAGCAUGAACUGGAGAAUCAGGACCUGGUUGUUCAAAGACAGUGGAAGAGCUACAGUGGCCAUUUCAGGAGUAUUUAUUACAGCAGUCUUUACCAUGUCACAAGAUAGCACAGGUCACCCAUCAAUGUCACUGGAUAGCUGCCAGAUGAGUAUUAGGGGUGUGGAAAUCAAGCUGAAUGGAACAAUCAGCUGGCUCUAUAAAUUCUUUACUAAAUACUUGGAGAAGCCCAUUCACAGCAGCUUGGAUAUACAUUCAUGUCCAAACAUCAGACAAGGGAUCCAGCAGAUUGAUGCACAGCUCAGAACACUUCAGGUCCCAACCCAGAUCGAUGCCUUUGCCCAAAUAGACUACUCCCUAGUUCACUCUCCAGGAGUCUUCCAAUCAUACAUUGAUCUGGACUUAAAGGGCACAAUCUAUCCAGUUGGAAAUUGGACUGACCUUGCCUUUGUACAAGCUCCCUUCAUUCUCCCAGACAAGAGUGAUUCCAUGCUUUACUUCGGCAUCUCUGAGUAUUUCUUCAAGUCUGCCUCACUGGCUUAUUACACAGCAGGGGCCUUCAACAUCACCAUCAUAGAAGAGCUUUCCAGUUAUUUUAAUGUAACAACAGAGACAUUUGGCAGCAUUGUUCCUGAGAUUGCCCAGUAUUAUGUAGAGGCACGCCCCGCAAUGUUGAACCUGAGGGCUACUGCUGCACCUGUGAUCAGUUUACAGACAGACUCCUUUACUCUAGAGAUCUGUGCCUCCAUGGAGGUGCUUGCUGUCCUGCCAGACUCAACCACCCAGUCCAUGUUUACAGUGAACAUAAUAGCGAACGCCAGUGCCAGUCUGACUAUAUUUGAACAGAAGCUGAUUGGCUCAUUAUGUCUGAACAGAUUCCAGCUCUUCCUGGCCGACUCCAGGGCUGGGUUCUUUGAGGUCUCACUUCUGGAGAAUUUCCUGUCUUACGUUUUACGGAAUGGAGUAAUCCCAGCAGCCAAUGUUAAACUGAAGAAGGGAUUCCCUCUUCCUAACCUGGACCAAAUUACCCUCCUCAGACCUGUUGUUAAAGUUAAUAAGGGUUAUCUGCUGAUUUCCACUGACAUUGACUACAAACUCUAAGGAAGGAGAGCACAUUUGGAUGAUCACGAAGUUCCCAACCAACAACAUGACCCUGAAGGCUGAAUACUGUCCCUUUGUUUUUAAACUUAAAAAUUCUGCAAAUGAGCAAAGUCUUCACUUCUGCUCUGAUUUGGGCAAAAAGCCAAAAAGAAAGAGGGAAUUGACCGCUGGAAUAUUUAUAGCAUGUAUCCAGCAGAAAACCAUGUAAAAACAUAUCACAGUGUGUGGUUUUGUGGUUAGGUAGGGGAAGCAUUUGUUAUUCAGGAGUUUGUAGGUGCUGCAAAAGUUACUGUUUUUAAAGGUUAAAGUCUCUCUGUUUAAGUAAAGCCUUUUCUAUAUACGGGAAGCUCAAUAUUCUUUAGGAAAAAGGAUGUAUGCCACCAAACUGCAAACACAGCUAUCAUCAGCAGCUGCUCUA